CAGUUGAAGUGAUUUCCAUAAUAUUUCUACUUUUAACAAUUAUCGUAUAUUGUUGUCUAUCACCCCUAAGUGUUCAGGGAAAACUUAUAAUAUCCUACUCGAGCAAUUUAGCAAUGUCUUUCGCUAUUUUUAGUUACAUAAACCUAUCGGAAAAAAUAUUUGAAAGCGGGCCUUGUUUCCUUAUGGCUUAUAUAAAUCAUUAUACACAAUUGUCCCAUUACACAUGGUUGGGCAUUCUGUGCUACGACAGCCAUAAAUUCAUUACUUGUCAUGAAUAUCAAGCUUCAUAUCUUAAGUAUUCGGGUUUUGGUUAUAUACUUCCAUUACUAAUGACGCUUUUUACGUUGGCCGCUCAAACUUUACCCACAGACGAUGCAUGGAAACCUGGAAUUACUAUAGAGAGAUGUGGUUUGAACGUUUAUAAAUGGUCUGCAACUAUAUACUUUUUUGGUCCCUGUUUCAUUAUUUUGAUAUACUGCUUAACACUCUUCAUUUCGGUUUAUUGGACAGCAAAGCGAAAUAAAAAACAAAUGAAUAGAGUACAAUUAAAUGGACCUAAAAAAAUUUCAUAUAAUUCCAAUUGGCAGAUAUGGCAGAUGAUGGUCAUAUGUUGGUUUUUAGAUAUUUUAUCUUAUAUAUUACACAAAAACGAAUUCAAAAUUUCAUCUAUAAUAAUUGAUUAUAUAAAUUCACUUCAGGGAGUAUAUAUAUUUUUCAUUAUCAUCGGACAAAAAGAAUUUCGGAAUUCGUUUCAAAAGAAAUAUUGCAGCAAGAAAUUCAGAAGGGAGAGACAAAAUAAAAUUGAAAACGACUAUCAGCGGCGCAUGCAAUCUGCAGGAAUCGAGAAGAGUGAAUACUUGUGCGAACUAGACAAAUGAAUUUUAAUAUUGUGCUUAUUAAAAAAGGGAAAUGUGUGCACAAUUUUCUCUUUUUGCCGAUCACAGUUUUUCAUAAAUUCCUUUUAGAAUAUAUGUUUAUUAUAAAAAUAAUAAA